GACGUGGAGUGGAGUAGUGGUCGCGGCCAUGCGGUCAUCGCGAUGAGUAAACUCGUGUCGCGCCGCGUCGGAUCAUCGCGUAAUACAGUGUAACCCAGCCAACGGCGAUCGCGAUAAUCGUCGCUUGAUUACACUCUCGAGACGGCGAUGCAUUGUUGCGCGGGUGUCUGAGAGGGAUACGCGUCCGUCGAUGAUGCUCGAUAGGCGGGAUAUUUUUAGGCUAGAACUACGCCCUGCGUAAAGCGAGGAAACUUGCCAAAGAUGCCUAUUGAAUUGGACGAGGUUGCCCCUCGUGAGAGGGGCAUAACCCGCACAAUGUCACAAGAUUCUGAAUAUGAUGACGCUUUAGGAGUACCUGAUUCGUUAGAAAUAACGGUUGAUGAAAAUGGGGAGACGAUACAAGUUCGUAAAGAAGAAACGAUAUGCACAGAUAGCGAAGAUAACGAACGUAGUGUGACCACGCAUCCCUUGAACCCAAAUCUAUAUACCAUAGAGUUUAGACACGGACCUUUUGUUUGGACUAUGAAAAAGCGAUACAAACACAUUCAAUAUCUGCAUAAUCAAUUGAAAUUGUAUCGUGCUAGCUUGAACAUACCUUUCCCUACAAAAAGUCACAGAGAGAGGAGAAAUAGUAUGAAGAGUCUUAGAACUGUGGACGAGAAAAGAGGCAGACGAAAUGUUUUACCAAGAUUUCCUAAUAAACCGGACAUUCUAGUGCCUUAUGAGCAAUUAAGUCAGAGGAGAAAGGAACUAGAGGAUUAUCUAAGUAACUUACUUAACAUAGAAAUCUACAGACGACAUUCCGAAACUAUAAAUUUUUUGGACGUUUCACCCUUGUCCUUUGUGGGUGACUUAGGGAUGAAAGGAAAAGAAGGUACGAUUCUGAAACGGACUGGAUCAGGCGCUAAAACGAGAUGCAAUUUCCUUGGCUUGUUGGAGUGCGGGCUCUGCAUCAAGUGCAAUUAUCUCAGCACCUCUCUUUGUGGCAAAUGGCAGAAAAGGCAUCUUGUUGUUAAGGAUACCUUCGUUGCAUAUCUUAAUCCUGAAGAUGGUAGAAUAAAAUCCGUUAUUUUGAUGGAUAAUGGUUUUGGGAUCAGCCUUGGCGUAUAUACUACGGGUUCACGAAGCGGCAUGCAGAUUUCGAAUCUGAGUAGACAUAUAGUCAUCAAGUGUUGGACAAAACGAAAGGCUAAGGAAUGGAUGGAGUUUAUACAAGAAGUUAGCAAUAGGGAAGGCAAAGAUUUUAUACAAACAAAUCCACAUAACUCGUUUGCUCCAUAUCGUCCUUACAUAUCCGCGACUUGGUUCGUGGAUGGAGCCGAUUACAUGUCUGCUGUGGCCGAUGCAUUGGAAAAUGCCAAGGAAGAAAUUUUUAUCGCGGAUUGGUGGCUUUCACCAGAAAUUCAUAUGAAAAGACCAAUGCCCGGUGGAGAUUAUUGGCGACUGGAUAAAAUUUUACGAAGAAAAGCAGUUCAAGGUGUCAAAAUAUUCAUAUUGAUAUACAAAGAAAUUGAAGUCGCUUUAGGCAUAAACAGUUACUACAGCAAACAGAGACUUGUAGAACAAUGUCCUGAGAAUAUAAAGGUAUUGAGACAUCCCGAUCAUGCGAGAGCAGGCGUGCUUCUUUGGGCUCAUCACGAAAAGAUCGUAGUUAUUGAUCAAUCUCUAGCAUUUCUCGGUGGCAUUGAUUUAUGUUACGGUAGAUGGGACAACAGUGAACACAGAUUAACAGAUUUAGAAUCCAUUCAUCAAUCAAGUAUCUACAUUCCCUCGAGAGACAAGCUGACUAAUACUAGCAGUAAAAAGGUAUUAGGCUGCAUAGACAGACAUGUUCUGUUACCAUUAGCAAUAGCGACAAAUACUAUAGCUAUGGCGACCACCAGAUCUAUGCCUUUAUUACCGAUGAUGGACGAAAAGACAAAAAAGAAUUUAGUAUUGUCAACAUUGUCAACGGAUAAUUCACUUUUUAUGCUGCAAGAAAAGGGAGAUGGUGUCAAGUGUAACACUCCCGAACUGCACAAGAAGAAUCUGUUUGAUGUCGCCAAAACAACCGUCGAUAAAAUGAAGAACACCGUUAAAGUGAAGAGACAGGAAUUAAUUAAUAUGGUAUAUACUUCUCAUGAAAUGGACGCCGAUGAUGUCGCAGAGAAUAAACUUUCAUUACCGGAAUCUGAGGACGCAGUGGAUUAUGCCUGCAGUUUACAACCCGCGACAAAGUUGUGGCUUGGUAAAGACUACACAAACUUCAUUGUCAAAGAUUUUAACGAUCUUGAGAAACCGUACCAGGAUCUCGUCGAUAGAACCACCACUCCUAGGAUGCCAUGGCACGACAUAGGAGUUUUAGUGCAAAACGCUGCCGCUAGAGAUGUGGCUAGGCAUUUUAUACAGCGUUGGAAUGCCGUCAAGCUAGAGAAAGCAAAUCUGAAUCCGUGUUAUCCUUAUCUAUUACCGAAAUCGUAUCAAAACUGCAGGAGCUAUGCUCCGUUUGUGAAAGAGGCAAACAAACACAAUGUUAAGUGUCAAGUACUACGUUCGGUGAGCUCUUGGUCGGCUGGCUUUCUCGAUUCAGAGACUGUGGAGCGGAGUAUACAGGAAGCUUACAUUCAGGCCAUCAGUAAAGCAGAAAGGUAUAUAUACAUAGAAAAUCAAUUUUUCAUAACGCUUGCCUCCAUGGACAAAGGUCUCGUGAAGAAUCAAAUCGGCGAGACAUUAUUGAAAAGAAUCCUGAGAGCGCACAGAGAAGGCGCGGUGUUCAGGGUAUUUGUAGUAAUGCCGUUGUUGCCCGGCUUUGAAGGAGAAGUUGGAGGACCCAGCGGAAAGGCAUUACGAGCGAUAACACAUUGGAAUUAUAAUUCUAUAUCGAGGGGAAAGGAUGCUAUUCUAAAUCAGCUGUUGGAGGCAGGUAUAGAAGAUCCCAGCGAGUACAUCACGUUCCAUGGAUUGAGGACUCAUUCUAUGUUAAAUGGCACGAUGGUAACCGAGCUUAUCUAUGUUCAUAGUAAACUAAUGAUAAUAGAUGACAACACAGUAAUCUGCGGGUCAGCUAACAUAAAUGACAGAAGUAUGGUUGCUACAAGGGACAGCGAAAUAGCCGUAAUAAUUCAUGACCAGGAGUUUGAAGAUGGCCGCAUGAAUGAUAUACCUUUUCUUUGUGGUAAAUUUGCUUCUUCCUUGAGAAAAAAAUUAUUCCGCGAACAUCUGGGAUUAUUGAAUACUAAAGAAGACAUUAAUAUCGAUGACGCCAUUAUAAAAUCGUUCUACAAGGACGUGUGGUGCGCUAGAAGCGAACGAAAUACGGAAAUAUAUGAAGAAGUAUUUCAUUGUGUUCCCACCGAUAAAGUAGUCAAUUUCGCUAUAUUGAAGCAAUUUCAAGAAAAAGUACCUCUCUCUAUAUCUGACCCAUUACUAGCGCAAGAAAUGGUAGAGAAUAUAAAGGGUCACUUGGUCAACUUGCCAUUAAAUUUCUUAUGCAAUGAAGAUUUAAAACCUGCGGCUGCGACAGUAGAAGGAAUGAUGCCGACUGCGUUGUGGACGUAAGUUUGCGCUAUGGUGAAUAAAUGUCUUUGAAAAUUCAUUGCAAUUGAACACAAAUUAGUAAUAAAAAUUUUCGAUAUUUUUAUUUUUACACAAACAAGGUGUGUUGUAAAAAGUGGUUUUUUUUGUUUUAUUUCCAUACGGAUUUUGUACUAAGGAUUAAGAAACAAAGAAAGGAUAAAUGGAUUUUUUAUGACUUUGACAUAUAUAUAUAUAUAUAGACAAAUUUUUCUACCUAUUUGUUAUUGCCUCAUGACAACUACUGGUCGAAUUUUUAUCGACAAGCGACUUAUGUCUAAUUUAAAUAAUAACAACAUAACAUUUUAGAUGCAAUAAUUCCUAAUACCUCAAAUAAUAUAUAUAUUUUUAAAUAUAAGGUAUUAUAUAUAUUAACAG